GCGACUGAACCCUGCAUGGCGACGGAGUUGGUACAGUCAAAAUGGCGUCCGCUUGUUUUUUCUACACCGUGCUAAUCCGUCAGUGAUAUCAGUCGGCGAGUUUAUAUUUUAAUCCUUGUAUUGAAGUAUCUCUUCGCUUGGAGGUGGGUCUCGAUCUUUCUGGCAGACACUGGCCGAGCACACGGCUGCGUCAUGUCGGACUCGGAGGAGGACAGCCAGGACCGACAGCUAAAAAUGGUGGUAAUCGGUGACGGCGCUUGUGGGAAGACUUCACUCGCCACCAGGUUUGCUCAGGAGGCCUUUGGGAAGCAGUACAAACAAACCAUCGGCCUGGAUUUCUUUCUGAAGAGAAUAAGCCUUCCAGGCAAUUUGAACGUGACCCUGCAAGUGUGGGACAUUGGAGGCCAAACAUUAGGAGGGAAAAUGCUGGAUAAAUAUGUGUACGGAGCUCACGGGGUUCUCCUUGUGUAUGACAUCACCAAUUACCAGAGCUUUGAGAAUCUAGAGGAUUGGUUCAGUAUUGUGAAAAAAGCCAACGAGGAGUCCGACAUCCAGCCUAUCGUUGCCCUGGUUGGAAACAAAAUUGACCUGGAGCACAUGAGGACGGUGAAGUCCGACAAACACCAACGCUUUUGCCAAGAGAACGCCGUCAUCAGCCAGUUCGUGUCUGCCAAGACGGGGGACUCGGUGUAUCUUUGUUUCCAGAGGGUUGCGGCUGAGAUUCUUGGUGUGAAGCUGAACAAAGCGGAGAUAGAACAGUCCCAGCGUGUGGUGAAAGCGGACAUCGUAAACUACAGUCAGGAUACGGUGGCCCGAACGGUCAACCACCCUCGCAGCUCCAUGUGUGCGGUGCAGUGAGUCGACGCAAAGCCACCAUGAUGACAUCUUGUCAAUCAGUCACUCAGUCAGUAUUUUCCUCUCAUGCUGACUUGUUCAAACUGUGUCAUCUGCACUCGUGUGUGUUGAAAAAAACUAUCCACUCUCAUUUUAUUUCUGCGAUUCAUCUGCUGAUCAGUGCGUGAGACUAAGAGUAAAUGAACUCUGGCAUCUGUCGUUACCCCGCAACAACAGCAGAGUGGAUUCUUGGUUUAAUGACGAGGUGAAAACCAUCAGGGUCCCACUACAGUUUUGAGACAAUUCUGAAUGUGGUGCUAAAAUUAACUAGCGCUUUGUUUUCCACAGUACACAUAUGAGCAUCAAGCAAAAAUUAAAUGUGUGUAUAUAUUUCUUUAGGAUUCUAGUUAAAUCAUGCUCAGCUAUUGAAAGUAUUUCCUCUACAGAUUUGUCUCGACACACUUCCUCCAAAUUCAACGGUGACACAGUGUUGAUAAAGCCUUAGAAGAAAUGUUUACAUGUAUGUAUCGUUAGUGAAGAGUGAUGUAAUUAGUAGUUUAUACACUAUAUGUAAAUGUUGACAUUUAAGCUUGUCAUCCGUUAAAAGCUCCGCCGUACCCAUCGACGACAACAGAAAUAAUUAAAUGUAAAUAAAACGAGAUCUUGCAUAUGUACAGUUUAAACUGAUGAACAUUUAGCUGGUUUGUGUUUUGAAUAAAAGUUUUAUGUUGAAAAUGAGAA